UUAUAACCGGUCUAACCAGUUCAUUAGGUGCAAAGACUUGUUUCGUGUGCAGGUACCCAGCGGUUCCGCUACAUUCUCGGUCUGUCCCGCGUACUUCUGUGUGCUUGUAAUUCCGGAUCCCACGCCCGGAGAGCAUACUCUUCUUGGCAAGACUGUGAGUUUUGGGUUUCCCGUGUCUGCAUGUGUGACUGCCUUUCCCUGCACCACCAGGACCGGCUUCUUGGCGUACCGACCACAUCUUGUACCUCUGACUACGACUUCCAUUUUUCGUUUCUGAUCAUUGUUUGCUUUGCGUUUGGAUCCCCGUUCCCCGAGGUUUCCAAGUUGCAACGCAGGAAAAUGGUCUGGAAGAUGAUCAUAAUUCUUCUGGCAAUCAUCUUCGAGGCAUCGUGCAACUUCUACAGACCUCUGGGUGACAGGCACUCCUUCUCCAGGGCUGCAGUGGCGUCGGAUGUGGGGCCUUGCUCAGAGGUUGGGAGGGACGUUAUGAAGAAGGGGGGCUCUGCUGUGGAUGCCUCUAUCGCCGCCCUGCUGUGUGUGGGGGUCUUGAACCCCUACAGCCUGGGGAUUGGGGGAGGGCUGUUUUUCACCAUCUACAAUGCUACUACAGGAAAGGUAGAAACCAUCAACGCGAGAGGGACGGCACCUUUGAACGCAUCUGAAGACAUGUACAGCGGUAACAAACAGCUGUCCAGUAAAGGUGGUCUGGCAGUCGCUGUGCCGGGGGAGAUCCGGGGGUAUGAGCUGGCACACCGCCGGCAUGGCCGCCUGCCCUGGAAGGAUUUGUUUGAGCCCAGCAUACGUCUGGCUCGCAAAGGGUUCCCCAUCAGGAAUGCCCUGGCCUUGGCCAUUGACAAAAACAAGGACACCAUCCAGGGAGAUGCAGCCUUGUGCAACGUAUUCUGCGAUGCAAACAAGCGUCCCCUAAAGGAGAACGAAACCAUUAGGUUUCUCACCCUCGCAGACACCUAUGAAAGAAUAGCCACUGAGGGACCUGACGUGUAUUACACUGGCAAAAUGGCAGAGGACAUCGUGAAGGACAUUCAGGAAGCAGGGGGUAUCAUCACACUGGAGGACCUGCAGGCCUACCGACCUCAGCUAGAUGAAAGCCCGCUGAAAGUAGAAGUGGGGCAGUACACUAUGUGGGCCCCCAGUGCUCCGUCCAGCGGCCCAGUCCUCGCCCUUAUACUUAACACCCUGAAAGGCUAUAACCUCACAGCCGCGAGUGUCUCUGACACAGAGACGAAGACCCUUACCUACCACCGCAUUGUGGAAGCCUUUCGCUUCGCCUACGGCAAGAGGAGCAAUCUGGGGGAUCCUCGUUACCUGAACAUCACCAAUCUCAUAGCUAACAUGACCUCAGAGGAGUUCGCUGAAAACCUUCGCAACAAGAUCACUGACAACACCACCCACCCCGAAAGCUACUAUGAGCCUGACUACUACGUCCCCAGCAGCCAGGGCACGGCCCAGCUCUCCGUCGUGGCAGAGGAUGGCAGCGCUGUAGCAGUCACUAGCUCUAUCAACUACCCUUUUGGUUCUAAGGUUCUGUCCCGGAGGACUGGUAUCCUCUUCAAUAACGAGAUGGACGACUUCAGCUCUCCCAAUAUCACUAAUGGCUAUGGAGUGGAUCCUUCACCCAACAACUACAUCCGUCCAGGAAAAAGGCCUCUGUCCUCCAUGUGUCCAACAAUCCUCACAGACAAGGGGGGAAAGGUCAAAAUGGUGGUGGGAGGUGGUGGUGGGACCAAGAUCACAACGGCGACAGCCCUGGUGAUUCUCAACUCGCUGUUUUUUAAUUACGACCUGAGGAAGGCGGUGAAGGAGCCAAGGAUCCACAACCAGCUCCGUCCCAACACCACUGUAGUAGAGGCGGGCUUUAAUCAGAGUGUGCUGGAUGGAUUGGCAAAGAAAAACCACGUGAUCGAGUUUCUGAACAUAGGCGGGUCCGUGGUGCAGGCCAUACUGAGGAGGGAGAAUCUGCUUGACGCUGAGUCGGACCCCAGGAAGAUGGGCUAUCCAGCGGGGUACUGAGAGGGAAGAGGAAGCUCCCUUGCAUGACCCUCUUUCUUUGCCCUCUUCAAUCCAUGUGAUCACAGCUGCUUUGAAUCUUCCAGAUCCCUUUAUGGGAAAGUAUCAGAAGUAAAAGAAAGAAUCUUAACUAGAAAACAUGCUGUCGGAACAACAACAACGUAUUGCCUGGACAGCACUGUCACCCAUUUCCCCUCAUCUAAUCCCAACUCCACCCACACCGCCGACCUCUACAAUUUUGAGAAAUACUGGAUGGAUCAUGUGAAAGCCAAAAAAUGUGUUUUUACCUGAAUGCUCCUUGUUGUGCCACACAACUCUGAAAAGACAUCUAUUCAUUUAUUGCACAUUGGUAAAGAUUGCAGAUUGUCAUGCAAGUACAAACAGUCAGGUGGUUAACCCCCUAACCCUCAUCUCUGCCACCUAUCCAAUCUUUUAAUUAAUUUUCCUCACAUUAAAUUUCACAGAGGUCCCCAGCUACUGGAUGCUACCAAUUAAAUUUGCUGAGCCAGGGGGCUGGCAUUUAAAUAAAUAUGUAACAUUUAUUUUAAAGUGUAUAGAAAGUCAUCCUGUGCUCCACAACCUGAGAACCACUGACCUGUACAAUGAUUCUGGGAAAUUUGAAAAUGAUGGGUUUCUGAUGGCUGUGAUCACAUGAUGCCGUCUCCACCUCCCUUUCUAUCCUCUGCUGCCACAUAUCGCUGUGCUUUCAAGUUUGGGCUGAAUUGAAAAGCGGGGGGGGGGCGAGGCUGCCUGCAGUUGGCUCCGCAGAAGCUCGGACCUUGGGGAGGCAGACAGUGGAGCAAAGGGGGGGGGAGAAACCACUU